AUGGCCCCGCCCGCAAUUAAACGGAGAAAGCUGGAGCACAGCGACUCGGAAGCCGAAAGCGAGGGAAGUUUUGCCGACUUUGACGAGGCCAAUGGCAGUGUCGACUCGGAUGGAAACGACGCUGGAGAUGCGCAAAGCGAGAGCGACGUUUCCAAAGACGGCGCACAAGAGAUGGAUGACGAUGAAGAUGAAGACAUGAGCGAAGAGGAGCAAGACUCGGAGGGCGACGAGAGUGUCCAUGAAGACAGCAAGCAGACCUCGAGCGGCAAAGCCACGAGCGCACCGAAGCAGGCGCCCAAGAGACCAGCACCCAGCCUCCAGGACGGUGUCUACACAGCCGAUUCGUUCAAGUCGAACAUGUUCAAGCUUCAGGUGGACGAGCUGCUUGACCAGGUCAAACUGAAGUAUGGCAAGAAGGAAGCUCCGGCCGAGAACGCAAUGCGAACGCUCAAGACCAUAAUCGAGCAGAUACCCAGCCGCGACCCGCUUCCUAUUGCUGAGGCUGAAAAAGCGCUCAAAUCUGCUGGUGUUGCAGUCCCGUUCCCUAGCCCUCGCCCGCCCAAAGACGCCUUGUACAAGCUACAGUAUGAACGACCUGCAAGCGUGAACGCGACGGGCAGUUACCCUUUGAAAACCGCGACCCGAAAUGAGGAAAAAUUUGCGAUCGAUCUUGUCGUCACCAUGCCUAAGACUCUGUUUCAAGAAAAGGACUAUCUCAAUCACCGAUACUUUUACAAGCGCGCAUACUAUCUGGCCUGUUUGGCUGCUGGGAUCAAGGCUUCGAAAGAGCACAAGUUUGACUUGGUCUUUGACCGCCUGCAUGGGAACCAGCUCCAGCCCAUUCUUGUCGUGCGACCGAGUGGUAACGGCGAUGCCGACGACUUUUCUAGCUCAAAGUGCCAGAUCAACGUGCUGGUAGCGCUAUCAGAGCACACUUUUGCCCAGAGCAAGCUUCUUCCAGCCUCAAACUGCGUCCGGCCCAAAGGCAGCGAGGAUGAACCUUCCAGCAAAGCGCUUACGGCCACGCCUUUCUACAACAACAGUCUGCAGUCUGACGGAAACAUUACGGCCUACCUCAAGCUUCUUCAUGCCACGGGCUCGAAAGCCGAAGCUUUCAAGGAUGCAUGCAUACUUGGACGCAUCUGGCUGAGGCAACGCGGAUUUGGCAGUCAGAUUCGUAAAGGAGGGUUUGGAAACUUUGAAUGGGCUGUCAUUAUGGCGAUUCUCCUCCAGCCAAAUGCCGGAACAGGAGCUCAGUCGGUUUCUUCUAGUUUCAGCAGCUAUCAGCUGUUCAAGUCGACACUUCAGUUUCUUUCUCGCGGCGACCUGACGAAGAAGCCAUUCAUCUUCCAGGCAUUCAACAUCACCAUUCCAAAGGCAGAGACCGCGCCUGUGGUCUUUGAUGGGCCACGAGGGCAGAAUGUGCUGUUCAAGAUGACACCCUGGUCAUACAAGCGUCUGCAGUCAGAAGCAAAAGCUACCGUCGAUAUGCUGAGUGACUCCGUCUUUGAUCAGUUUGACGCGACCUUUAUUCUAAAGACUGAGCUGAUCAAGUACCGAUACGAUGCUACACUCGAGAUUCCUCUUGCGUCGCUGGGUCUAGAAGCUGGAAGUGAAGAGUAUGAUUCACAACUGAGCGAGGCCUGUCGAAAGAUACACAGCACUUUGACCCGGGCGCUGGCCGAUCGCAUUACAGCUAUUUCAUUCACCAUGCCAGAGGAAGAAACUUGGUCAGUUUCAUCAAGGCAUCCCCAGGAAAAGCAAACCAAGAGCAUUCUUGUCAGCUUCAUCACGGAUCCCGCAAACGCUACCCGCACCGUGGACCAUGGGCCUCCAGCAGAGAACAAGCAGGAGGCAGCCAUUUUCCGCAAGUUCUGGGGCGAGAAGGCUGAGCUCAGGCGCUUCAAGGAUGGGAGUAUUCUCGAAAGUGUUGUCUGGACAGUCAAGGAUGCGUCCGUCAUGGAGCAGAUUGUUCUUUAUAUACUCGGCAAGCACGUAGCUGGGUCCGUGGCCGAACAAGCCAAGUUCACGAGCGACGCAUUUGGCCACCUCAUAACAGCAGGCCAUAUGCAGGGACAGUCUGGGACAGCGCCAUUCCUUCCUAUCAUGAACGCGUUUAGUGCCAUGGAGAAAGACAUUCGGGACCUGGAGGAGCUACCACUUCAGCUUCGUCACCUGAGAGCCGCCGAUCCGCAAUUGCGUUAUGCGUCUAUUGAAGUUCCCGCUCCGGGCCACGCUCCCGCAUCGGUCGUGUUGCAAUUCGAAGGCUCUGGCCGUUGGCCGGAUGACCUGUGCGCCAUCCAGCGGACCAAGAUCGCCUUCCUUCUCCGACUUGCAGAGCUGCUACACAAAUUGGAGACUGGUUACGUUGCCCGCGUUGGCAUGGAAAACCCGUCACAGCCGGCUCAGAACCAGGCAUUCCUGGACGUGACGGUUGCAACUGGAUUUACGUUCCGUAUUCGCAUCUACCAUGAUCGCGAACCUACGCUGUUCGACCGCCAGAUCAAGGACAAAUCAUUGGAUUCGCAUUCGCGCGAGUCUGCUGCGUCUUCUUUGGCAUUGUACAAACGCGAAUUCAUUCAGUCCCCCCAACACUCGCAAGCACUGCAGACACUCUGCACCCGUUUUCUAGCACUCUCACCAGCCAUACGGUUGACGAAGAAAUGGUUUGCAUCGCAUCUGCUGGCGCCGCACUUCUCACCGGAGCUCAUCGAGCUCCUGGUUAUACGGACAUUUCUUCAACCUCAACCAUGGCCGGUGCCGUCGACUGCAACGACUGCUUUCCUACGAACAUUGUCGUGGAUCAGCCGAUGGGACUGGCGCCAUGUCCCUCUGAUAGUAGACUUUUCGACAUCCUUUACAGCCAAUCCUGCAGACCUGGAAGACACAUCUUUGAGGGGCAUGAAGUCGGAAGAUCUAGACCGUCUACGGACUCGCUUCGAAGCAUGGCGACGCAUCGAUCCUGCCAUGAACCGCGUGGUACUUUUCGCAGCUACCAACCUUGAUGAAGAAGGCACAACAUGGACAGAUAAGGCGAAACCCGAAAAAGUUGUUGCUACGCGUUUGACUGCGUUGACGAAAGCAGCCACACAGGCUGUUCGCGCCAAUGAAGACGCUUUGUUGAGGCACAUCAACAAUAAAGACGCCUCCAAGGCACACGAUGCAAUGAAGCCAGAAGCUCUCUUCGUACCCAGCAUAUCCGAGUUUGAUCUCGUCAUAUCCAUCUCCUCGAAAUACAGUCUUAAGUCCACGAAAUCGCGCAAAUCCACAACACCACAGUUCAAAAAUCUGGACCUCCAGAAACUAGCCGGCCCGUCUCCAGCAGCGACGACGCCUCUGCCCCAGCUCUUUGCACAAGAGCUGGCCGAAGUCUAUGGCGACACGGUGCUCUGGUUCUGGGAUCCCGAGUCCCUAGACAAGAUUGUGGGGCUGUGGAACCCCGUGGUCACUGCACAGAGGAGCUGGAAGAUCAAGGCGGGGUGGAACAGCACGCCUGUUGGUAAAAAGGACGCAGUGGAAAUCAAGGCGAACCGCGAAGCUAUUGUGCAUGAGGUUAGACGCUUGGGUGGAGAUUUGGUUAAGAGUAUUGAUGUUAAGAGAUAG